AUGCCGGGACGGUGGGUCCGAGACGAUUCUCAAAGUUUCUACUACCUCGACGAUGAGGACAGUACUGAGGCAGUCGUCGAAGCCGUCACCGAACCGAACAGGCGGCAGCCGGACGCGCAUCUUCAACAGAGACAUUCACACACCCGAGCACGGCGCCUGCCUCUCCACCAGCAACGAGGAGCCACACCUCCCAAUGUUGACCUGCUGGUACAGAACCAGAAAUGUACGCACGAUCACCAGAUAGCAUCAUCAUCAGGGCGCGAGUCAGAGCUUGAAGACGAGUGUGACAGAAUUUGGCCUGAAAAUUCGAAUCUCAAGAGGAAAAGACCUUUCCAAUAUUCCGGUCGAACGAGUUUGCUUGACCAGCCUUUCGUCCAACCUCUGUCAGGGCUUAAUCUGGUCAUGGGAUAUAACACGAGUCUGCCAAGGUCCCGAAUGGACAUGUAUAUCACUGCACAACGGCAACUGGUCCGUUGCUGCUCGGAGAAAACUGUCCUGGAUCAUGCCCGGCAACGGGCUAUAACUGCGGAAGCAGUGCUGUGGGUGGCUACCUUUCGAGGCUUUCUCUAUGCCGAACUCUGGCGAAAUUUCCCUUGCGAGCGGUCGUACACGCAGCUACCUCCGGCGUACCGUCCGACGAGGGCUCAAUUGGCGAUACCUCAUUCCCCAAUGAUCGACUGGAUGCCGUGGCCAGAUGUCAGAGAUAUGGCAAUAAAGUUCCAGGACCAGAUAGACCUUGAUGACCUAUUCAGGGUGGCGAUCCACAAUCUUGUCGCACACCGGAGAGGAUUGGGACGGAGAAGGCAAUCGUUCCAACAGGAUGUUCUCGAUUCGAGCCGCAGGAUCAUCGAGGAAGUGAGCGAUGAGACCUCGUUCCGUGUCUGGGAUGUUGUUUGUUUGGAGAUUGUCAGAAGCACAAACCGCUUAGCAGCAGAACCCGGCUUGGAGAAGAGGCCUGUUCUGCGCACGCCGGAGUUGCGGGCUCUAUCACGAGCAUAUGAUCUCCAGUAUGACGAGUUUGACACACAGAAAUUGGACGACGGGUUCUUCGAAGCUUAUCCCUGCCUAUAUGCUGAUACCGCAGCGUCAGGGUGGAAAGUAAAACGCUUCCCCAACUUACGGCAAGUGGAUGUCGGUAGGCCUGUUAGUCUGACUCGGCCUGCUGUAUUCCGGUUGAAGUCGAAGAUCGAGGCCAUGGUCGGUGCACCGAUCGAAAUUUAA